CUCAUAUGAGAAUGACGCACAUUACUGCCACUUUUUUCAACAUCAGAUAUCUCAAGUUGGUGUAUUUCGACGACAACGAUGCCUUCCUAUUAAUCCAUAGCUCAUUAAAAAGAAAACAAAACUUUUACUUAAUUAAGAAAACAAAACUUUUACUUUUACUUAAAAAGCGCUCCUGUAGAAUGUUCGAGUAUUUAAAAAAAAUUAAUUUUUUUUUGUUCUAUCAUAAAAUUUUUUUCAAAAGUUAUUCAAAACUUUCCAAAAGUAGGUAUUAUAUACAGCUUUUAAUGCUCUAUAUACAGCUUUUAAUGCUCAAAAUUUUCCAAUGCACAAAUUUUCCAAUAAAUUUUAAAAUUAAUUAUAGCUCAUUCCUUUGUAAGCGCAUCUUUAUACAUUAAAUUUUUACAUUUUUACAAUUUCUGGAUUUAAUACAUAAGUCUCAUCAAUCAAAAAUUUUCGAAUAAAAUGUUCAGGAUUUUAUUAAAAAGCUGUAAAAUUUGCAAUUCUAGGCUUUUAGAAUCCAUUUCUAGAUUUCUAGGCUUUUAUUUCUCAUUUCUGUCUUCUAUUCAAUGUUAAUUGAAUAGGAAAAUUAACCCCUGAAUCUCUAACUUUUAAAUAAACACACAAAAUUUUCCAAUGCUUUUAUCAAUGAAUUCUUUCAAAUGGGUUUUAGCACAAAAGCCUAUAAAUUUGAAUGAAAGGUGAAGAAGGGAAUUGAAGUUAAUGGAAGGUGAAGUUUUUGGUAUAGGCUUUUGUCUUUUACAUAUAAUGAAUAUUUUGGGGGUGGAACAAACAAUGAAAAAAUGAAUACUUUAAAUGUGAUUCAUUACUAGUCUUCUUUUCCUUUUCUCGUCGCGAACUUGAAAUCAUUGAUAAGACUUCCGUUUGUGUUUAAAAAUACAUUGAAAUGAGGUAAAUUUAAAUAAAAUGAGGAAAAUUUUAGAAUUAUCCCUGUGAAAGAGUAGAAGGGACCCAAUGUAUGUAGUGUAACCAGGAAUGUUUAACACAAAUAAUAUAUGUAGGUAUCGAAAAAUUUAUGAUAAUUUUCUAUAAGGUUCGGUGACAACAAGCUCUACUCUAUAUUAGGGAUAAGUGAAAGGUAAGAGCCGUCUAAAACGAGGCUGAAUCAGUGAAAAAAUAUAAAAAAUAUGCAAGGAACUAAUAAAUCGUUCCAUUGGAUUUAGUUGAUUUUUUUUGUUUUUUUUAAGUUUUUUUUUUGUGUUUUUGUGUUUUUUUAAUUUUUAAAAAUUUUUUUGUUUUUUUGUUUUUAAUUUUUUUUGUAAUUUUUUGUUUGUUUUGCCCUUUUAGUACCCUCAAUCAUCCCCUCAAUCAUCAUCUUCAUUAUCUUCGCCAUCGUCCGUAUCAUUGUUACUUGAUUCUUCACCUUCGUCUUCACUCAAAUUUUCUCCGGUAUA